AUGAAGGACAAUGAGUCAAUUUCUAAAUAUUUUACCAGAAUUUUGACUAUUGUUAACCAAAUUAAAAGACUCGGUGACAAGAUUGAAGAAAUUCGAUUUAUUAAAAAGAUACUUAGAUCACUUAGUUCGAAAUUUGAACAUGUGGUUGUUGCUAUUGAAGAAUCAAAGGAUUUUAACAACUUGACAAUCGAUGAAUUUGGUGAAGCAAAUCAAAAUAGCUUAUGGUACCUUGAUUCUAGUGCCAACAAUCAUAUGAGCGGCAAAAGAGAAUUGUUCGCAACACUCGACGAAAGUCAGCAAGGAGAAGUCACCUUUGGAGAUUCAAUAAAGAGGCCCAUGAAAGGAAAAAGAACUAUUGGCAUUACGUUGAAGAAUAGAGAACAACAAUAUAUCAGCAAUGUUUAUUAUGUGCCAAAUUUAACGAGUAACAUUCUGAGUUUGGGUCAGUUACUCGAGAAAGGCUACAAUAUCCGCACAAAAGAGUUGGAAUUAUCCAUCUGCAAUUAA